AUAGGAGGAGGAGGGUGUGUGAUCCCGUGACUUCGAGGUGUGGUCACAUGACUGUUCCUCUUCUCAGUUUAGUAUCUGCGGAGGGACGGCGGUGUUCAGGUGAUCUUGUGAAGUUGGCGGUGACUUCAUCAUGGCGUACCCCGGGCUGCUCAUUCCUAUCAUCGUCAUGACCGUCUUCUGGGGCUUUGUGGGCGCUGUGGUGCCAUGGUUCAUCCCUAAGGGACCCAACAGAGGAGUCAUCAAUACAAUGCUGGUGACGUGUGCAGUUUGCUGCUAUUUGUUUUGGCUCAUUGCAAUAUUGGCCCAGGUUAAUCCUUUGUUUGGACCACAGCUAUCUACAGAAGUCAUUUAUUACCUGAAAAGCCACUGGCCUUGAAUCUUUUUUUCCUGUGAUCCCAGGGGAAUGAAGCCUGGAUGACUUGCCUUAAUGUUCGUUCUUCAUUAAAUUUGCCUUUUACCAUUUAAUGACCCAUUUUUCACAAUUGAUGCUGUGCUCCUUCUCAAAGAUGCUGUGGGUUCCUUCAUUUCUUAUGAAACCUUUUCUAUGGAACCCUGUUUCAUGUCAGUCUUCAUAUUGUCACAAAUUGGAUCAUCUCUUCCUGCAUAUAUUGCAGCAGAAAAUCUGCGACGUGAUGAAGUUUUUAUAUAUUUGCUUGCCUUUUGAUCCUUCUACAGUUUUUGUAAUUUAUACUAUUUCAGUCCAACCCCCCCCCC